AUGUCACAUAUUGUAAAACGCUGUCGUACCGAAGGAGACGAAGAAGAAGAAACAAGUAGUAAAUCAAAAACAAAUGGCAUAGGUUCUAAAAUACCAGCAGUUUUAGAAGAUAGUAUAUUUGGAAUACAACCAGUUAACGAUUUUGUUAGAGUUGUCAGCGACUUUUUAUAUUAUCAUGUUGGAAGGGAACAUAUUGAAAUCGAAGCCAAGUUAGGAGUUUUAGUAAAUAAACAAACGCGUGAACGAAUAAAUUUACCGGUAAAUUGCGAGACAGUGAUAAAGCCUGACGAAAGCAGUUGGAUGUCAUUUGAGAGUAAUAUGACUCUCGAACAACAUCGACAUUUCAAUGAGCUACUAAAUAAACGUUUCACCGAAACAAAAUCUUCAACAUUCAAA